AUGCAUACCGAAGCAAUUCAUAUUAGCAGACGAUUUGACCCUCUAAUUAUUUCGGAUUCUGAUAAGCAGUCCAAAUAUCCUGAUAAAUAUUGCAUUUAUAUUGCUGAUGAAUUAGUUUUAUUUAUUACUUUCCUGAUAAUAUUUUACUACAAUUAUCUAAAAGAUAAUCGAGAUAAUCAGAGAAAUAGUGAAAGUCUAUUAAUAAUUGACACGAUCAAAUCUGAAAAUGAUAGAUUUAAAAAGUCUUUACAAGAUUUUGUUGAUUUAGAACGUGUAGAAGGAAUAAUUGAACUUAAUAAUUGUAAUGACCAUAGACCCACUAUCGAAUCAUUCGAAAGUUUGGUAUCUAUUUUUGAAAUUUUGCCAGAAAUUGACGAUAAUCCUGAAAUUAUAGAUGAUGAAGUUCCUGAUGAAGUUGCCGUUAUACCACUUAUCGAUG